AGCAAUUAAAUUUGUUCCGAUAAUAAAAUAAAUAAAAAAAAAGAAAGUAAAUUUCAUCUUUGGAAUUUGCAUCCGGUCUACAAGAGUUUGCUAUAAGUCCCGAUAUAUUAUGAUGUGAGUGCGAGAAGAGGUCAGCUGGCAAUGCUGGGACGUUGGUAUGGUAGGGACAAAGAGGCUAAGGAAAUAUACAACACGAUUGGUAGUGAUCGUGGAGGGGAUCAGUAGCAACAGCAGACAGCCAGCAGCCCAGCAGCAGCAGCGGUUGGAAGGUUGGUUGGAAGUAGUGAACGCAACAGUUUGAAAACGUGGAGGAGAGUAGAGCUGAGGUCUGAGGUUCAUCUCUACGUUCUCCGUUGUUGCUGUUAUGUUGUAUACAUUAAAUAUAUAUAUAUAUAUAACUUGAAUCGGUACAAGCGACGACCGAUCGUCCCGGUUUGGAGUACUCAGGUUAACUCUUGUCUGGAUGUGAGUCUCGAUGCUCAGUCUGCAUUGAUAUCAUGAUGGACAAGAACUACUCACUACAUAGUAAUGAACAAGUUGAAAAAAUAUAAGAAAAUAUAUAAUAAGACGAACUAGUGAAGAGGAGAGACGUCAAAAAAACCAGUAAAGGAGCAGGAAUAUACGACAGCAAUCAACGAGGAACAGCAAGGAGACACACAAUACAAAACACACACACACAUACACGUGGACAGGGGAGGGAAAAGUUAUUUUAAGAGGGGAGAAAAAAAUCGGUCUUUAGACCAGUAAGUGGCAGUCGAUUGAGUCCAGAAAGAUGCUCUUGGCGAGUCAGAUGUAAACUUGCCUGAAUGUAAAACUCGUGCUUUUUUCAUCAGUGAUGUGUGUUUUUGUUAUUAUGUAUGUAUAUUUAUUUAAAUAUAAAUAGAUUACAAGAAUCCAGAUAAUUUAGGGAGCGUAAUAUACAUUAAAGAUUAACGACAGUGUGAUGGUGCUAAUCGCGAACUUUCCAACUGAUGAAAAAAUAUUUUUUACGGAUACACGCCGUCAAAUGCAUUAGUCGUUGAUAAAAACUGCAUAUGAUUUAAAUCAGUUCGAAAAAUACCAGGUCCAGCGACGACGAUCUUUUUCGAUAAUCGCAGGGCACUGAAGUUGGGGUAAAACCUGGCAUGCCGAACUGGUUAUUCAGUGAUGGUGUUUAAAAUUAUUGAGGAUAAUAAUUUAUGUGCUACUGAGUAUGUACCAAAUUACCGGAGUUGUAUGACAAAAUUAAAUAGAAUUAAUAUUGGAGUCUACGGUAGAGAUUGGCGCGUUGAUGCACAUGGAUCUAUCAACUGACGGACUGAUGGGAUUUCCGUUAAACUAUAUUGAAGAUUUUAGCCGGAUGUUAUUCACGUGCCAUUUCACUCUGCUCCUUUGGAGUGCACACGAUACGACAUCAAGUGGGACUAGAUAGCUUGCCACCAGUGUCGAUGAUUCACACUUUCUGUGCGAUAGUUAAUCAUUAUUAUCAUCAAGUAUACACUUGAUACUCUAAAGAUGCUGCAAAAUUGGACAACUCGAAGCGCGACUCGGCACGCUCGUCGCAUCUUUGUUUUUGUGUUCAUCUGGAGUUUCAUCAUGAUAGCGGCACUGCAAUUUCGUCAGUCAGUUAAUCAAGUACUCCAACCAAAUGAUUCAGCGACUAUUGACGGUGCUGUGAAUUAUCCGACAGGAUCAUGGGAUCGUGCAUCAGAUCAAGCACUAUCAUCAUCAUCAGCGCAAACGUCAUUGGCAGCUUCGAGAAAUGGUAAUUCUUCUUCGAUAAAAAAUUUCGCAAGAGAAUCCUACUCGUCACACAGACGCAAACCACUGGAUGACGAUGGCUCGUAUCAUCACGAUGCUACGACUGGUGUUUCAGCCUCUGUUGCUAUUUUUAAUGAGAGACUCAAGAAAUUAAAUAACAAGAAACUUUUGCUGGAUGAACGGCCACCGCGUACUGAACAGGAACUUAUAAACGAGAUGGAAAAUCAAUUUCCUAGUUUACCCGUGGUUUCGUGGUACAAGAGAAGUACAACAACAUCAACUACAACCGAGAAAACCGGUAAUGACACCAAGACAACCAAAAACUGUGUGCCUCGUUACCCCAAUAUUCUUGAGCUUGAGUUCAAUAAUAAAUACUGGCAGACAUUAAAGUCAAGCAACGGAACUUUUCAGCUUUUCGGAGCUUACUACGAUAAUCGUAAACUGUCGAAAAUUGGCCCGGCAGUCAGGAUGGUCGGUAUGAUAGACAGGAUUGAACCAAAUAUAAAAACCUACUGCCAACUGUGGUUUGACGGAGAGAAAGAACCUCAGGUCGUUGAUGUAUUUGAAUAUAAAUAUAUAUGGUUUAAGAAGUGGGGUAGUUAUAAACAAGGCAUUUAUCAGCCUUACGUGAUAGCGUGUAAAAUACCCCAGACUCACUGGUCAAAAGAGCCUCCCGCAUCAAUCUCGAUCGUCGAGAGACCGUGUGAUACAGCCAGCACUAAUCUACGGGUAAUUUACAACAAACCGCCAGAGGGUAAGAAAAAAGAGUUUGCCGUGUGUGUAAAAGGUCUUGAUUUUCUCCAUGAAGAUUUAUCAGUACGUCUGGUCGAGUGGAUCGAGUUAAUAAGUAUUCUGGGUGCUGAUAAAAUAUUUUUUUAUGAACUCCAAGUACAUCCGAACAUCACAAAGGUCCUCGACCACUAUCAGAAAUUAGGACAAGUUGACGUAACUCCUUUGACUCUCCCUGGUGGACAGCCGAAUAUACCAACGUUUCAGCAUAUUUACUUGAAGAAAAAGACAAAUCAAAAACGACAAAACGAACUGAUACCCUACAACGAUUGUCUUUAUAAACAUAUGUAUGAGUACGAGUACAUAGCUUUGCUUGAUAUUGAUGAAGUAAUAAUGCCAAUUCAAGAUUUAACCUGGAGUCAACUUAUGCGACGCGUUCUACCCAAGGCUCUUCGCAUACGCAAUGAAACUCGUGCUUCAUACAACGUCAGAAACGUGUACUUUCUCGAUGACCUUCUACACUCACACGGAUACUUUGACCACGUGCCGAAGUACAUGCACAUGCUUCAACACGUAUACCGCUCGUCGAACUUCACUAAGCCUAAUGAGUACAUAAAGUGCUUUCAUAAUCCGGAACGUAUUGUCACUGUGCAUAAUCAUUUUCCGCUAGCGUGCCUCGGCUCCGGGUGCACGAGUUAUCCCAUCGAGACUGAGGACGCUCAGCUGCAGCACUACAGAGCCGACUGUGUUACGUCUCUUAAGAAAACGUGCCUUCAGUAUCGUAAAAACAGCGUCGUCGACACGCAGAUCUGGAAAUACAAAGAUCAGUUGGUCGAACGUGUCACUGAUACUCUAGAGAAGCUUGGAUUCUUUGGCCCAGGAUAAAUAACCCGGGUGUUAUAAAUAUACUGACUAUAAUUAUAAAAAAUAUCAAUUAUCAAUUACUACUAUUAUUAUUAUUUUUAUUGAUAUUAUUAAAUUGUCAUCAUAAAUUUUAAUAUUUAAAUUUUUCAAUUAUACAUAGCAGUAGUUAUCAGCUCCUUGUUCCACGGAUCGACGCCACGGAGUAGACGCUCGUGUGCCAGUUACACCGUUUAGUCUGUCCUUGAAUUACGAGUGCGCCGGAUCCGUGGAACGAUGAAGGCUUUCCCAUCAAGGACUAAUGUCUUUUGUCCCUCCGUUCCUCUGUCCCCUUUUGGCAAAUCCCCCAUCUCAUGGUCAGCCUCGAUCGUCCUCUAUGUAACCUUAUCCAUAUGUAUAUGUAUAUUAUUAUCAGUACGAAUAAUAAGUGAAUAAUAAAUAUAAUAUAGAUGGUCAAGUAUUCUGCACGUCUGCACGACAGUGUGACGGGAAAUUACAUUGGAGGUAAAGACGUCUAGCGGAACAGAGGGCGAUUGACGUUGCACCAUGAAUUUAGUAGCUAAGCCUUUUAUUAUAAUUCGCCAUUCGACAAUGCGCAUGUGUGUGAACGCGGUUACGUCUUUUUACAAGGGUCUACACAUAUGUGCCACUAGACUACAAGGUCUUUCAUUUUUUAUUUUAUUUUUUCUUUAUGAUGAAUUGACGAGAAUCGCCGCCACAAGCGUGUUCAUAUAUUUUGUACAGUCUAAUUUUGUUAUAUAUUAAUAUACUAUUUUACUUAUAUAAUUAUUAUUAUUACACAAUUAUAUUGGAAUGGAUUUAAUAAAUAAAACAUCGAAUAUUUAUA